AGAAGGAGAAAGGUGGAAGACGGAAAAGGAGACGAGAUGCUUGCCGCGUUUCCUGCACCUGUGGGACGGACGCCUCCCGCCUAGGCCUAUUUUCGUCACGGAACCAACCAACCUCCCUCGCUCCCUCCCUUCCCGCGCAAAUUUCAGCUUGUCGUGUGCUAAGGGGCACACAAUUUUUCCCCCACCCACUCCAUGUUCCUUAAAUGAACAGAGGAGGCGGGGAGCGCCGCUUAUUGCUAUGGCAGCUGCUCAAGCGUUCGCCUGGGAAGGCGCGCUUUGCAUAACAAGAGAAAGGUGUGCUGAGUGCGCGCGCGAGCGAGCGAGGGCGCUGAAGCAGGAAGGAGGCGGCGGCGGCGGCAGCGGGAGGGAGCGAAGUGGGCUCCUCCGGAAUGCAACCUGCAUGGCUGGGGGCUCCAGCAAGAUGCAGCCCGCGUGCGACCGGGCCGCCGAGCCCUUGCUCCUGGGCCAGAGCCUCGCCGGUGCCAAGGACCCCGAGCAGCAAGUCCAGCUGCGGCAGAAGCUGAGGGAGCUGCCGGCGCUGCUCCGAAGCGGACUCACGCUGCGGAGGAAGAACUCCACCGCUGGGGGCCGGAUUAUAUCCAGAAGAAUUUCGAAUCCCUAUCUUGAAAAUCCUACCAACAAGAUUUAUGGAGAGGGUGCCGCAUGUGCUGGGAGAGCUCUCAGAAAUUUUUUUGUUCUAGAAGCUUCUGAUCUGAUGAAAGACAGAAUGUCUCUAAUGGGACUUUGCAGACGAAGUUGCAUUGGAUCUGAACUUGUAGACUGGCUCUUAAAACGCUGUCCUUUCGUUAAGAACAGAUCUACAGCAGCAGGGAUCUGGCAGCUCCUGCUGAAUAUGGGAAUUGUGUUAUCAGUGGACAGACAGACAUAUUUUCAGGACAAGUAUUCUUUCUACCAAUUCACAACUGAUGAGUGUACCUAUCUUUUCUGUGAAUAUGAAGGAGAAGAUGGAUGGAAAAAGGGUGUGAAACUGUUGCUACAGCUGCUGCCUGUUAUUCCUCCAAGGAUUAAUUUGAACAGAAAAAUAGAAGAUACAGCUGAAACAAAUGCUGAAAUUCUUGCUCGCCUAACUUCUGCGGUGCAAAGAGAAUUGGCUGCUGUUCUUGCGAUGAAGGCAAGAAAAUCAGCAAUGAAUCAAAAUGAAAACAGCAGUGAAGAUGUAGUAGAACAAGAAGAUCAGAAGGAUGUCCAUGAUACACAGGCAGGAGUUAUGUGCAAGCUGCAAGAACGAGAGGAUAUUGGGCGCCUCGAACUUGUCCACAAACUGGCAAGGGAAAACUGUUAUCGACUACAGGCAGAUAAAAAAGAGCCAGAGAAAACAGAUUGGCUAGAUGAUGAAGUGACUACUAUUCAAGUGAAGGAACUGGACCAAGAUGUACUGGUGCUUAAGAAAGUGUCGUCACAUAGCCCUGCCCCUACAUUAGGGAGUGCCGAGAGUGAUUGGAGAUAUGUGGUGGUAUCCGGGACGCCAGAGAAGAUUUUAGAGCACCUCCUGAAUGACUUACACCUGGAAGAAGUGCAGGACAAAGAGACAGAGACUCUCCUGGAUGACUUCCUUCUCACAUACACAGUCUUCAUGACAACAGAUGACUUGUGUCAAGCUCUCUUGAGGCAUUAUUGUGCAAAAAGCCAUCAAGGCAAGGAAGAAAUUCUAGAUGUUUCCUGUAGAAAGCGAAAAGUCUUACAUUUGGUGUCUCAAUGGACUUCACUCUACAAAGAUUGGUUACAUGGAGAUGAGCAUUUAAAACAGUUUCUGAAGACAAUAUACAGAAAUGUGUUAGAUGAUGUAUAUGAAUAUCCUAUACUUGAGAAAGAACUGAAAGAAUUUCAAAAGUUACUUGGAAUGCACCGUCGACACACUGUAGAUGAAUAUUCACCUCACAGAAAGCAUAAAGCUAUUUUACAUCAGUUCAGUCUCAAGGAGAACUGGCUCCAGAACAGAGGAACUGUGACUGAAACAGAGGAUGUAUUUUGUCGUGUAUAUAUAACAGAACAUUCUUAUGUCAGUGCAAAAACUAAAGUAUCUGCUUCAGCUCAUGACAUCUUGAAAAUCGUAGCAGAAAAGCUUCAGCAUCCACAGGAAGACCUGGCUUUAGUGGCUCUUUCAUUUUCUGGAGAAAAACAUGAAUUACAAGCAAAUGACCUUGCAGUUGCCAAAUCCCUUGAGUCAUCUGCUCGUAUGUUUGUAUUUCGAAAGGAUCUAACAGAUACUCUGAACCCCUUUGCUGAAAAUGAAGAAACCCAGCAACGAUCAGUAAGGAUUCUGGGAAUUAACACUUGGGAUCUUGCUCUGGAAUUAACAAAUUUUGAUUGGAGUCUUUUCAAUUUGGUUCAUGAGCAAGAGCUGAUAUACUUCACUUUCAGCAGACAGGGCAAUGGGGAAAACACUGUGAAUCUUAGUCUUCUGCUUCAAAGAUGUAAUGAAGUUCAGCUCUGGGUUGCCACUGAAAUACUACUCUGCAAUCAACUCUGCAAACGUGUACAGCUGGUGAAGAAGUUCAUUAAAAUUGCUGCUCACUGCAAAGCCCAAAGAAAUCUGAAUUCAUUCUUUGCCAUUGUUAUGGGUCUUAACACUGCAUCUGUAAGCCGGCUUUCACAGACAUGGGAGAGAAUUCCUGGGAAGUUUAAGAAGCUCUUCACUGAACUUGAAAGUUUGACGGACCCUUCUCUGAAUCACAAAGCCUAUAGGGAUGCAUUCAAGAAAAUGAAGUCUCCGAAAAUACCUUUCAUGCCUUUACUCCUUAAAGAUGUAACAUUUAUACAUGAAGGAAAUAAAACUUUUCUGGACAACCUUGUCAACUUUGAAAAGCUGCACAUGAUUGCAGACACAGUCCGAUCAUUGAGACACUGCAGGCGGAACCAGUUUGGAAAUGAAGUGCCCCAAAAAGAGCAUCAGGAGCUGAAACCCUACGUUCACCACUUGCAUAUCAUCGAUAACCAGCAGAUGUUAUUUGAGCUUUCUCAUAGGAUAGAGCCUCGUGUGUAAGUGCACGCAGACUCCCAUAACUGCAGCACUUUCAGUUGAGUGAAUGUUUAUGCCGAGCAUGUUGCUUCCCUGGGAGAGGGAUGAUUUACUGAGUUUUAUCAGUAGUUCAUGCCACAACAUACAUGGGUAUCUCAUGCAAAGCAAGAAGAGUUGUUCGACGCAGCGGUCCAGCAUGAAGAAAUGCCAAGUGCAUUCAACUGUAGAGCAAAGAAGAGAGGAAAACGCACGUUCAUGUUCAACCAUCUGUCUUCCGUGACAAUAAUAAACCUUGGUCCACAGUAGAUUUCAACCCAUAUUCUGUCAGUGUUAAACUGAAGCAAAUUGCUGAGUAUGAAGGAACGUCUGAGCAAGCAGUAGUGUGUGAGGAAGAUGCUGAUCACUUGCCAGAUAGAGAUGUACACUCUCUUACUGUUAGAUGCCAAAAGUAUCAAUUGGUGCCAAAAACAGAUAACGGGGUAGUGGGAUGGUACUGAACAAUUUUCUGUUGGGAACAUGUGCCAGCCACCUGAUGCAUAACAAUAACAACUUAUUAGAGAUCAGCUUAGAAAUAGAAUUUAAACAAAUAAUACAGUAAUACCGUACAGCAGCUGGUUAUUUAUUUUAGUGUCCAUUACACUUCAGAAUGAGCUCCAUAACCUAUAACAAACUUCAUGUUAUAGUUAGUGAUAACGUGUGCAAUUCUUCUACGCUGGAUUAAAAAGUAGAGUGCACCGUCCUUUCAGUGUUUCUCAUAGCUAAUACUAAACCUUAGAAUCAGUUUGGGUGUCUUGCUACUCCCUCAGUUACUCUAAUCUAAAUAUCUUAUUUCAUAUUGGGAGCCAGUGUAGUGUAGUGGAUAAAAUACUGGGCUAGCAUUCAGGAAACGUGGGUUCAUAUCCCUGCUUGGCCAUGGAAGCUCACUGGGAGUGGGUGGGAAUGGUAAAACCACUCAUUUAGUAUCUCACUUACUUCAGAAAUCCUACUAGAGUUACCAUAAGUCAGAAUUGACUUGGCAAACAUAACAUAUUUCUACUUCAUUUUAUGUACCUGUAGAUACUUUUGCAGAUCACAUCUGCUGAUGUCCAAACUGAACAUUAUGACAUAUGAAUGCAGUAUCUUUUAUUCCUUAGUUGCUAUUCGAUGAGGUAACUGUUGUCGUUACCUUUAGCUAGCUUCCAGUUAUUGGAAAGCAGUAGCUUAAUAGAUACACAAGAUUGUGUCUGAGAGACAGUUGCAGCCCACAUGCAUAGAUGUCCAUGAAGGAGAAAGGGACAAAUUACUUUUAGGCUUUGGUUUCAAAAAAGCAAAGUGUCUGUACCUGAGGAGCUUUCAAUUCUGAUUAUACUCCCCACCUUCACCGCGAGAUUAUGCAUUAAAAGAAGCCUUGGAACUAGGUUUUUAUAAAAGUUCUAUGAUGGGCAUCAAGAGAGUUAACAUAUGUUUAAAAAACAACAACACCCUAGACUUUCCAGCAUUACUUCAUGAAGCAACAGAGUGUCUGGUGGCUCAUAACUAAGAAAUUUUACCUGACAUAAGUGUUCAUGGACUGCAGCCUACUUUGUCAGAUGCAUUGGCCAGAAUAAAAGAGAAAUAUGAUGCAAAGUGAUGCAUUGCACUGUGGAAAUCUAUUUAUAUGCAGCUAUGAACAAAAAAAAUGCUUUGUAGUGACAGUAUCACUGCUUUGUGAUACUAUGUUGGACAGGAGAUGCUGUGAGUAGAAAAGUGAGUCUACUAAAGCCUCUGGACUGUGCUUCUGUUUCUUUGUGGCUGCUAAGACAUAAUUGUUCAGGAAUUUAUUUAUUUGCACAAGUUGCUUCCCAGGGGACUGACUCCUAUUCAAAGAAAUAUAAAAUCAGCUUUAAAUAGUAGGGUUUUGCUUAUAAUGGGUUGAAGGUUCCUUCCAAUAUUUCUUGGCUUCCCUAGUAUGAAAACUAUGAAAAUACUGUACAGAUACAAUGUAAAGCAAGCAUAUGUUCCAGAAAUUAUCUGUUUGUACUUGUUAUAAUAUAUUUCAUUACUUCUCUGAACAACUUUUUUUACCCAGUAUAAAAAGGAGGAAAUUAGCCACAAGUUAAAUUAAAUAUUUAAGGGGUUGCACCUAAGCCAGAUAUUUCGGAAUACAAAUGGAGCUUUCUCUUACAUUUUCCUUAUAGCAGCUUAGCUUAUUAACAGAGAAAAAAAAGACAUGAUGGUAGCAUGUCUUUUUGGCAGGGGAGAAAAAAAAUCAGGAAUUCUGCCCACAAAUGUAACACAACCAACAACCAACCCACUUUUUGGCAUCGUAGCUAGUGUAAACAACCCCAUUUAAAAACAGUGUGGAGUUUAAAUAUUGCAGAAGAAAUGAUUAUAAGACAGAGAAUUGUAGAGCUGGAAAAGACCCAAAAGGUCACUGAGUCAAAUCCCCUGCCAAAGCAGGAAACCCACAGCUAACACAUUCCUUAAAUACAGCCACCUCUGCUUAAUAUUUCACAAUGAAGGAGAGUCUACCAUCUACUGAGAUAGUCCACUAUUGUCAAACAGCACUUUAACCAUCAAGGAACUGUUC